AUGACGUAAUGCCAAUGGUCAAAUAACAAAUGGCGAAUACAGUGAAAGGCCUGCUAGAAAUGAGCAUGGAGCGUUUUCUAAGGUCGGAGCGGCUUUACACAGUACACCACGAUAUCCAGUUACAUUUUCGGAGAGGUGUGCAAUGGUUAUUUGAGUCUGCGGGGGCAGCUCGCUCCACAGAGAGCCCACAUUACUAAGGUGGAAAGGCUUAAGCCAUGGCUGAUGAGGGGGUGGUGGAGUGUGGACAUGAGUUCCCAGCUCAUUACAAGGUCAUGCUUGACAAGCUCAACGAGCAGCGCCAACUGGACCAGUUCACAGACAUCACUCUGAUCGUGGAUGGUCACCAGUUCAGAGCCCACAAGGCUGUGUUGGCAGCAUGCAGUCAGUUUUUUCACAAGUUCUUCCAAGACUUUAAGCAGGAACCAUUAGUAGAAAUCGAAGGAGUAAGCAACUCGGCUUUUCAGCACCUCAUGGAGUUCACCUACACGGCCACGCUGUCGGUCAACGGCAGCGAGGAGGUCAGUGAUGUGUGGAGGGCGGCUGAGUACCUCCAGAUGCAGGAAGCAAUCAAAGCCUUGAACACCAGAAUCAAUGGCAGCACGUCGCUGGUCUCCACUCCAGUCCUGGCGGGGAAGAGCAAAGCCAAGAAGAGGAAGAUCGCCGAGACGUCUAACGUGAUCACCGAGACACUGCCCUCGGUGGAGGCGGAGACGGUGGAGAUCGAGGUGGAGGUGGGCGGCGUGGAGGAUGCCUCGCUCGAGGAGGUGGUGGAUGCCGCUGCCCGCAACGCCCAGGCCUCGUCCGACGACUCGGCCCUCGCCCUGCUCGCUGACAUCACCAGCAAGUACCGGCCUGGGGAGACGGCGCUGCAGGGAGCCGGUGCCGACAAGUCCCCCGAGUUGGCGGCCGUAGCAGCGGCGGCGGUGGUGGACGAAGAGGAGCUGGUGCUUCAGGAGGAGACGGUGAUGGCGCCCAAGGCCCUGGAGAGCAUCGAGGUGGUGGAGGUGCAGAUCUCGCAGCUGGACAACAUGUUCCGCUGCGACAAGUGCGACCGCUGUUUCAAGAUCUUUUACCACCUCAAGCAGCACAUGAAGAGUCACGAGGCAGCCGGCGAGGGCGGCGGUGGCAGCAAGCCGUUCGUGUGCCGCCACUGCGGCAAGGCGUACGCCCGCGAGGGCGCCCUCAAACAGCACCUGAACAGCUACCACUAUGAGGCCGAGGAGCAGUCGCGGCGGCAGCGGCCGCAGAAGAAGGUGCAUGUGUGCGAGUACUGCGACAAGCAGUUUGACCACUUCGGCCACUUCAAGGAGCAUUUACGAAAACACACAGGUGAAAAGCCAUUCGAGUGUCCGGACUGUCACGAGCGCUUUGCCAGAAACAGCACACUCAAAUGCCACAUGGCGGCCUGUCAGAAUGGUUGUGGAGCCAAGAAGGGCCGGAAGAAGCUCUAUGAGUGUCAGGUGUGCAACAGUGUCUUCAACAGCUGGGAUCAGUUCAAAGACCACCUGGUCAUCCACACAGGAGAGAAGCCAAACCACUGCACGUUUUGUGACCUGUGGUUCACCCAGCCCCGUGACCUCCGGAUUCACCUGCGCGACCUGCACGGCAUCCAGGACGACGCAGUGACCAGUACCACCGCCGGCGCCGCGGAAGAGGUCGUCCUCACCGAGGCUUCCGCUGCCACCACCGUCCUCUCCACCUCCACGGGCGAGGUGACUGAGGAGGAAGCCGGACUGCUCCUGACCACGGAGGAUGGCAUCCGGGUGGAGCACGUGACUGUGGAGCCCAUGGACGUGGUGGCCGUGGAGGAGACCCUCGUGGUGGAGGCGGAGGAGGAGGAGGGGGCAGUGGCAGUAGUCACGCACCCAGGGGAGGAAGCAGCGGAGAGACUAAACGAGCACCAAACUGUGGAGAUUCAAGUCGGAGAGGUCACGCACGUGACCAUGACGGACGAACACUUAGACUCUGACGUGCACGUGGAGACAGUAGAGGUGGACGAUUCAGGGGAGGUUCAGACAGUGCAAGUAUGAAAGCCAGCCUGCAGGGGGACUCACUCUGCCUGCACCCGCUCCCUCUCUCAUAAGGAAGAGAGAAACGUCUCGAAUAAUAAACAAAUAGUAAUAUUUAUUUUGAAACUGAGCUCCUCCUUCUGUGUCUUCCUGUAUCCGCCACGUGGGGCCGAGGUGGCGUCUAUGCUUGAAUGCCGUUUGGUUGUUUUAGCAGGAAAUGCUGGUAGAAGGAUCAAAUUUCUUAUGUGUUUGUUUGCUUGUUUUGCGCAUUUCAUAAGACUCAAAAAUGCAAAAAUGAAAAGAAAAGAUGUGCUGUCACCGAGGACAUUCAGUGAUCGAUUGACAACUAAAAAAGAGACCAAUGAGCGAGAGUGUAACAAAGAAAAACAGGCUUUAUUUUUGUACACUUUCUGUUUGUUUACACACAGUCUGGUGUUGUCAUUACCAUUGAUGUUGCUGUUGUGUCUGCUCAGGGUGGUGAGUGAGUCGCCCCGAGACUGCUCAAGGAAGUGACUGUUGAUGAUCGCUUACAGCAUAUGCGUCUCAAACUGCACUCCAUAAAAACCCCUUAUGCAGAUCCGGUGGGACGUGGGUUUGCUUUCAAGCAGAGGUCUCCGGGCAUCAACAGACUUGGGGAAUGCACGCUGAACCAGGCUUUGUGUUGAUCCUUUUGUAAAAUGAAAAAAAAAAAAAGUUUCAAUCAUCUUUGGCACAGAGCGUUACAGUAUUGCAUUGUCUAAUAAACUUUGAGUUUUAAAACAAGA